AUGCGCAUCUGCGUCUUCCAAUCCGCCUAUCCAGACGAUGAUUCAGCAAAAGACUCGGACCCUGGCUAUUAUCCACACUAUUACACAGACAUGCACACGUUUGAAUACCACUGAAUUCACAAAGAUACUGCCAAACAGGAGAUUGACGCUGUUCUGGCGACGGAUUACGAUGCGUACUUUAGCUUCAUGUGGGGUGAAGCGUAUGAAGAUCAUGUAGCAAGAAUCGAAGCAGUUCAGUAUCUCGAAAGCAAAAUCUCCUGCUUUGGUGGAGUUCCCAGUGCGUCUCUUUUGCAGACAAAGGAUGAUUUCUAUACUGCUGCUCGAAAGAAGGGAUCGCCUAUUGUCCCGAGUAACGAUCUUUCUCGCUUUCCGCUGUUCGUCAAGCCGGUCCAUAGCUAUGCCAGCCAUGGAAUUGACGACAGUUCACUCUGCUUCAAUGAAGAGGAACUGAAAAGCAAGAUUGCAGCAUUGGAUGCAAGUCUCGCCCCGCAUCGAGAUCGCAGACCAUAUUCAGUUAAAUCAACCAGACUUGGGGAACUGUCAAUCCCAUCUGAUAUUCUUGUUACCGAGUAUAUCCGUGGCGUAGACUACUUUGUCGUCGUAUGUCAGAUUGGCGAUACUGUAUUCCCCCUCUGUCCAGAGAAGUGGCGUCUUCCACCAUCGACGCAUGGGAAGCUGGAUGUCUUUCUGACUCCGCAGAUGAAGUAUCAUGCCGAAACAGAUGUUGAACUACUCAAGCAAGACAACGAUCCUAUCCUUUACGACGCCUUACAGAGUACAGCUCUACAAGCCUGGAAGACCUCCAACACCGGUGCCUAUUGGAGCCAUGUGGACAUGCGCGUUCGAGCAAAUGGCGAGAUUGUCGCUCUCCAAGUCAAUCCGAUGGCUGGGAUAUUCACACCACCAGGAAUCCAUCCCGUUCAUGAUCCAUCAGUGACGAAGCACUUUCCGGGUGGUCAUCGCUCGCUCAUCAACUGUGCUCUUGCUGUCCAGCGCAUCAAAUCGAGCAGGUUGUCGAGGGAGAUUCAGAAUACGCAUGAUCAGAUCUCGGCUUCGUAUGAUCGCUUUUCCGACUUGUACGACUCCAAAGCGUCGAGUCAGACACGGACUGUGCCGAUCAUUGAGGAGUAUAUCUCCAUGUUUGGCUUUGAUGGAACUGUAUUGGAUCUGGGAUGCGGAACAGGGGCUUUUGGACGUAUCCUCCAUCAGCAUCAUCCAGAUCAUCCCAAGUUACCCGGGAUUGAACUUUCGCCCCAAAUGGCAGCACGGGCUACAUCAUCCGGUGCCUAUGGGACUAUCUUUGAAGGAAGCAUCCAACAACACGUAUCCAGCAUCGGAAGAAUCGACCAUGUUGUCUCCUGGUACGCACUGCAGUUCCUCGAUGAGGUCGAUCUCAACUUUGCCCUCACUACGUGCUUUAUUAACGCAACUCAAUCCAUCACCUUUUCCAUCGAUGAAAUCCCAGACAAAUACAAUGAGGAUAUCAAGGAGGCUGGUGAUGCGCACAUGGUUCAGUUCAAUCAUGUUGCUGCGGUUGAACGAUUUGGAGUUCCUCAUGGCUGGAGAUUGGCGCAUCGACGGAGACAAUUCGCAUGGAAGUCUGCGCAUACCAAGUAUGAUGUGUAUAGUACUGUCUUUCGAUAUGAGAGAGUCUAGAUAGUUGAUCUAUUUACUUUGAUUUUAUUCAUAAAUGCAUACCACAGCUAUCCAAUAAACCAU